AUGGUGCCCGGGCCGGGCGAGGCGGCGCUAGCGGGCGCUCCAGGCUGCGGCGGGGGAGAAGGGCAGGACUCUGCUCUGAAGGAAGCUAGACAGGGAUAUGAAGGCAGAACUUACAGCACCCUGGUGACGGCGCCCCCUGGCGGGGAGCCCGGUCCCCGGCGCCUGAGGCGGCGCAGCGCCCCCUGGCGGGAGCCCGGUCCCCGGCGCCUGAGGCGGCGCAGCGCCCCCUGGCGGGAGCCCGGACCGCAGGGGCCCAGCCGGGGGUGGGUCCGAGGGCGGGGCCCCAGCAGGCCCAGCACCGCCCCGGACCCGGUUGCCUGGCAGCCGCCGCCGCAUUGUGAGGCCGGGCCCCGGGGGCUGCCGCUGAGGCUGCCCUGGGCAGAGCCAGCCCCGGCCCGGCCCCGCUGCCCCCGGCCCGGCCCCGCCGCCAUGUCCGCCUGCCACUGGGAGGCCCGGCGCAGGCAGCUGGUGCUGGAGCGCAGGCGGCGGAACCAGCUCCUCCAGCAGAAGGCGGAAGAAGCCGCCAAGGCGGCGCCGGAGCAGAGGCCUGAAAUCAGCCCCCCCCAGCAGCAGCCCCAGGGCCCCCUCCGGCCAGAAGUCACCUGCUCCUGCCAGUGCUGCCCAUGCCAGUGUCAUUACGUGAUGAUAAGCAGCGCAAAACUGCCACGUAGAUUCUCAGCUGUGCAAUACAUACAACAAUGGUAAUGACUGAGUAACCAGCAGCGCAGGAAUGACUCCUCACCUCGUAACAUGCCUUUAAGCACCAAGGAGAUCCAGACAAGUGCAGCUGAAUCCAACACCAUAACGAAGCCAUCAGCAUGAAGAACACAUAGGCCCUGCCGGCCACUUCCCAUUAGGGGCUGUAACCCUUCAUGUGUAAUAAACUCUCCACACCCACAGAACAUUAUGAGGGAUGGUCUCUCUUAGGCAAUCAAGAGCACCCUGUAUUUGCACAUAGUCCAUUCGCUUUGCCACAACCUUCCUGCUAAGACAGUUGCAACCAACCAAGGCCCGGUACUUUAUAUGAAAACUAUGCUAAGUUCAGACAAAGAAAGCAGCAUCCUUAAGAAUUGACGUAGAACUUUUAAACUAGUGUCACCAGUCCACACACUGAAAAUUGAUUUGAUAGACAAAAUUCUGAGGGAAGAGACAAUAAAUACAGUGACAAUUUUAGCCUAUUA